GAUAUUGAGAAGGAGGGAGAGCGGUGAGUGGCGAGAGGGACUCCCAGACCCGGGGAGAGCGGGGCCCGGUCCAUCUGCACCAUGUCCGAUUCUGAGGACGAAACUCACGACCGGCAGCUGAAGAUCGUCAUCUUGGGGGACGGCGCCUCGGGAAAGACUUCUUUGGCAAUGCGAUUCGCCCAGGAAGCUUUUGGGAAACAGUACAAGCAAACAAUUGGGUUAGAUUUUUUUCUGAAAAGAAUAUCUCUCCCAGGGAAUUUAAAUGUUACACUGCAAGUCUGGGAUAUUGGUGGGCAAACCAUAGGAGGAAAGAUGUUGGACAAAUACAUCUAUGGAGCUCAGGGUGUUCUAUUGGUAUAUGACAUCACAAACUACCAGAGUUUUGAAAACCUUGAAGAUUGGUAUGCCGUAGUGAAGAAAGUAAAUGAGGAAUCCGAACAACAACCUGUAGUUGCUUUAGUUGGAAAUAAAAUUGACUUGGAACAUAUGCGAACUGUGAAGACAGACAAGCAUCAACGAUUUUGCCAGGAAAAUAACAUCAGUGGUCAUUUUGUCUCUGCCAAAACUGGAGAUUCUGUCUUCCUCUGCUUUCAAAGAUUUGCAGCUGACAUAAUUGGUAUCAAGCUAAAUAAAGCAGAGAUCGAACAAUCACAGCGUAUUGUCAGGGCCGAGUUGGUAAAUUACCCACAUGAUGCGGAUCUAUCACAGGGCUCUGCACAAUGCCGGAGUAAAGUGUGUACCAUACAGUAAUUCAGCAUGUAGUGAAGGCAGAUAUUGUGAAUUACAGCCAGGAGCCUGUGGUGAGAACUGUGAACCCUCCUAGAAGUUCAAUGUGUGCAGUUCAGUGAUCCCGUCACAUCCCCAUAUUAGUACAUUUGGCAAUCCUGCUUCGUUCACACAGGCCCAUUCUUUCUCAGGAACUUCGUUUUGACAGCAACCAUCUCGGCAACACAGUGAAAGACUUCACGGACUGACUGCAUUACCGUAUGCUGAGAAACAAGGCAGCCACUGUCGACUGCAGAGAUCCAAGAGGUUGGACCACACAUUUGAGUAUGAUUUUCAGAAUUGAGCUAUGAAAGGAUAUUCACAAUUUUGUUUAAAAUGAUGGUGUAACUGCAUCAGAUAUGUACUUCAUAACUAUCAAAAAUCUAAUUUAUACAGCAGUGCAUUUAAAUGUAAUUCAGCAUUUACAGAAAUCUAUUUUAACUGCAAGUUCACUUAAAAUAACAAAAGGUAAAGUUUUAUAGAUCUGGAAAAACGAGCAACUUUUUAUUGUAAAUUUUUAAACAAGAAAUGUGGGCAGUGCAGCAGAUUGCUAUGAAGACCUGAAUCCUUCUAAAACUACUUGGGAAAAUAAAGAGUCAAGCCCAUGAAAAUUAACUUGGCCAUUGAAGCGCAGCCCUCUUGUACCUUUACUCUCCUAUGCAUCCAAAUAAGUGCUGACUGCCCUGAAUGUUUUUGUCUUUACUACCUGCCUGGCUGAUUAUUCCAAACAUUUAUCUUUGGAUAAAACUUUUAUUUGAUUAAACUUGUUUUUAGCAAUUUGAAUUUAAUAUUCUCAUAUCCUGAGUCAUAUUCUGGACAUGUUUUAUCUGUACCAUUUAAUAUUUUAUGUACCCUGGUGAGGUUCUCCUUAACCAUUUUCUUUCCAGAGUUUUUGAUUAUUAAGCUUUUCUUUAUAGCCCUUUCCCUUUUACUCUUGGGAAUCAGGCAUGUUGCUGACCUUUGCGUCCUCGCCUGAAUGUUUAUGAAUGUGUUUGUGUGUGUGUAUGUAUAUCUGUCUGUCUAUAUAUAUAUGUAUAUUUUAUACAUACACAUUUUGUGGCAUGACCAGACUUAACUGCAACAUUAUAAAUGUGAUCUGAAACCAUACAUUACAAAGCCCUAGGAUAAUUCCUGUAGACCUAUCUCCACUAUUUUGCCAAUAUGUCUUAGCAUUAUAGCAGCAUUUUUUAAUUGUGUGUUAUCUAAUUUUUGAAAGUGAUGAGCACUAUCAUUGCAAGAUCUUUUUCUAAGAAUGCAUUUAUAUGGCAGCUUUAGCUGAGCUGCAAUGCUAAAGUUUCACUGUAAAUCUGGUCUAACUCCACUCCAAAGAGAAAAAGUAUGAGAGCGCAUGAAGGAAGCAGUCUUGCCUGCUUGGAUUUGAAACUACAUGGAGUAGAAUUUCGAUCCCAAGGGCAUUUCUAAAUUGUCUUCGUAUUAAAUGUUUACAGUGUGUGGAAGUUGCCAUCUGAAUGUUCUAAACAUUUAAAUUUCAGCAGCGUAGAAAGGAACCCCAUGCAAAUGUGCAUAUGGGGGUAUACUGAAAAAACACCUUUAUUGUGCACUACUUUGUCAGUAUUAAAUUUCAUUUCUCCUAUCUUUCAGCAAAUCCUCACUGCAGCUUGUUAAUAUUGUAAUCAAUUUUUUUUUUUGGUUUAGCCAUUCAGGUUCAUUAAUAUACAUUAGAAACAGGAUCUACGAACAGAUCCUGGUCUCUGCCCAACACUCUUUUCUUUCCUAGCCUAAUACUAUAGCCUUGAAAUUCCUGGAGACCCCAUCUGCUGGCAGAUCAGAACUUCCACUCACUCUACCCCAGGCUGCAAUCCCACCCUGAAUCCUGGGGCGGACCAUUUACUUUCCUUUGGCGGGGGUGUGGUGGGACUUACAUCAGCCCAUCUACCCUGCCUUUGUGAAAUGGAACAGUCCACAAUUUGCCCUGAGGCCCAAUAAGGCCAAAGAAAAUAUGUUUUCAGUCUUCUGCAUUAAUUACCAUAGUCUGCUAAAGGUUUGUGGUGUUCAGAAGGCUAACUCUCAGUUGACUCUGCGUUCUUCUGAAAGAGCUUAGACCAUUUAGAAUGGAAUUUCCCAGGGAAGUCUUAAAAUACAACCUCUUAGAAUAAUUUCCCCUAUUUUACGUUAUUAUAGAUAUUAGAGCAGACGUCUUUAAUUUCCUAAGUCAGGACUGCCUGUAUUUUUGUUUCCUUUCCCACUAUCCCUUUUACUGAUAAUGGAACUGAUCUGUAACUGCGAGUUUAUAUUGAUCUUGUUUGAACUUCAUCUGAAGAAGAGUCAUAUUGGACUUGAAGCAUUAAUUAUUUUUCUCUCUCCACAGAUACUGCAAGACCUGCUGAGUUUUUCCAGCACUUUGCUUUUAUCUUUUGACAUUCACAAUCUGUACAAAUUUGUAUCCUUGCAUUCUGUGAAAGUAGUCAAGUAUAUGUCCAUGAUUGGUAGCAGUUUGAACCAUUUUCAGUUGUGGUUCAGCAAAGCUCCAGCACUCCAUACAGAUGGAAGCCAUGCCGGGUCAACUCCAUGUUUAAAAUUAGUUUUGUAACAGCAAUGAGAAUGCACAUGACAUUUCUAUUAACUUUGAUAUAAGUUUCCUCACAAAUAUUCCAACCAAGAUACUAGAUGAGUUCAGCUCACUAAGGCACAUUAAUUAAAUUAUAAAAUAAAUUGUCUAUAAUCCUCUGCAAGCUUCAUAAUUCUUAUUGUCACAUAAAUAACUCAUUGUACCAAUGGCAGUUAACUAGAUGCACAAUAUUUGCAAUAUGAAUGAAGGCUCAAUUGUUUAAAAACAUUUUUAAUAUUUUAAAAUGAUUUUUGUCAUAUAUUGCAUAAAGAUAAUUAGUUACAUUGCAAUUUUAUUACAGAUUUUCCAAGCUGACCUCUUUGCUCAAUGCACAGUAUAAAGGAUGUAGAAUAUGAGCUGCUUAAAUUGCUGGGCUGAUGUUGUAACUGGGAUAUAAUCGUUCUUGAAUGUUGUAAAUUUUAUUCAGGUUUUAUUUGUAUAUGAAUAUAUUGGAACAAAAUGUUUUACUGCUCUUUUAGAAUGUGUAUCUGCUUAUAAAAAUGGAAUCAGCAAGAUUUACAGAA